AUGACGCGCUUACUCUUGCUCUUCUCGUUGCUGGUGUACGGUAAUGCGCAAGAUGAUUACUUGUCGGCUCAAUUGUCAGGUAAGGGUUGAUUUCAUGGCUUGUUGGAGACCGUUUAUGUUGUUAUUAGAUCAGAUAAGGGAUCAAGUGGAAGUAUGAAUAAGGAAGAUUAUCAAAAAUUGAAAUUACAUUAGGGUUCGGACGGGGUAUAUAACCCGGUAUAUUCACGAACUCCCGCGAAGCCGGGUAUUUUCGGUUAUUUAUGGGAAUUCUCAAAGUACAAUACUUUUGCAUUCAAAAAAUAUAAAAAAAAGUGGAAUUUGGUCAUAAAAAUUAACGAGCGUUGACAUUUUGUCAUAAUUUGUAUUUUGCCGUUCAAAACUUGGGUUUGAGGUCGAAAACUAGUUGGCCAGUUGCCGGAGAAAAAAUUCCAAAUCUGACUUGUUUUGUUUGUUGUAGUUGGGAAAGUAAAGAAUAUCACUCCAAAUGUGAUUAAGUUAAUCAAUGGGUUACAAGUGACUUCAUAUUGCUCCUAUAUUGGGCUAAUUUUACAAAUACCCCAAUAUACCCGAGGUUUCGUGUAUAUACCCGGGUAUAUACCCACCCACGUGUUGAAUAUGCCCGAAUUUUCCGAACCCUAGAUUACAUAUAAAAUUGAAAAAAAAUCCAAAAAUAUUUUUUUUUAUUUUCUGAUGGCUAAACAUAGAAGGUCACCAUCCAACCACAUGUCAUUUAAUUUUCCCCGGAUUAUUACCGUUUCUUCAUCUUCACCUUCCCAAAUUACCCAUCAUCUCUAGGGUAAACAAGGAAAACUAGUAUAAUUUCAGAAGCCCCUAGAGUAAGAUGUGGAGAUUCCACCGUCAAAGUGACUUUAUUAUCGACCGAACCAUUUGAGGGAAAUGUUUACGCCAAAGGGUUUUUCAACAAAGAUUCGUGUCGAGUGAAAGGAGAUGGACAUGGGAACAUGGUGAACAUUACAAUACCCAUUACAUCAGAUUGUGGGAUGAGGAGGCGAAGGACGGUAUGCGAAUCACAUUUCAAAUUGACUGAGUUAAAUUAACAUAAAUUAAUAUUAGAUCAAAGUUAAUCAACAAAAGGAAUCUAAAGUCAUAUUAGAAGCGUGACGUCGUACUUUUCCGAGUUAUUACCGAUCUUUCUUUCCAGUUACCGAAUCUUUAAAUGCUUUUUUCAGAGUAAUUUCUUUUCAGAUAAAUCCCAAGGGGAUUGUAAUCGAAAUGACCUUGGUCUUGAUGUUCCAUCAGAUGCUGUUAACUAAGAAUGAUAAGGCUUUCCACAUUGAGUGUGUUUAUCUCGAAUUGUCGCAGAAAAUUACAAAUCGAAUAGAUGUUAGGUAAGAGGCGAAAAAAUAUUUAAAAUAAAAUUACAGUAUGCUCCCUUCAAUGGAAAUAAGAGAUGAAUUGUCGGUAAAAGCAGAAGCAAGUGUCCCCAAAUGUAAAUAUGAGGUUUUGAACGAUGAAAAAGAGAAAUUAGCAUAUGCAAAAAUAGGACAAACUAUCUUUCAUCGAUGGUUUUGUGAGCUGGAUCAACCAAAAGAAGUGGAAGUAGAUGAAGAUGAACAUGCCAGGUUGUAUUGCCUUACUGUACAUAGUUGUGAAGUGGAUGAUGGACAUGGAAAUAUGCAAAAAUUGUUGGAUUACAAUGGGUGCCGUAAUACUUUGCUAAAUUAUUUAAUAUAAUAUUAUUUUAGAUGCCCCGUGGAUAAGGCUUUAUUGGGAAAGAUAAACUACGUCUCUGAUCUCGAAGCUGACAAGAAAGGACUCGUAUUUAAAUUUGCGGAUAAACCUACAGUAUAUUUUAGUUGCCAGUUGAGACUGGAAGUUAAAAAUGAUUACAGUGAACAAUGUUCGGUAAGUAAUUUACAUUUUUACAACUGCUAACAGUAAACAUAAUACUCUCUUAGAGAACCUCUGAUUCUUGCGAUAACUUUGACAAAGGACAGACAGUAGAAGGGCCUGUCGUAGGAUAUGAUCCUUUAUUCCCAACUCCGGAAUAUACUGUAACCCCAACUCAGGUAACUAUUAUUUCCUUUGGUUUCAAAAUUAUGCUCAGAUCCCAAUUGAUGAUGACGUGGUAACUGAUGGAUUGAUAACAAAAGGACUGCCAAAUGAUUCUGAAUUCGGAUUUGACCAGACAACAGCUGAUUGGAAGACAAAUAAUGGGGCUGAGGGACUGCAUGGACACAAUUCCGUUGAAGUAGAACCAUCAACGCAGAUCAGAGAAUUCGACGAAUAUAACGGCGAUGCCAGAAUCAAGGCCAUGGAUUACAGGUCUAGGCAAGUUAUAGUUUAGUAUCAAGGAAUUUUAAUUAUGUCAUAUCUCGAUUUUAGUCAAAGAAAUGACAUCUCCGCUUCGUCUUCCCAUCAGAUCUUCGAUACUCAAUUAUCCGGAGAAUCUUUGUUUGCCAAGCCAAUCGACGAUCUGGUUUCUUCCUUUGAGUAUACCAUUAAAACAAGUUCCCCUAAGAUGUUUGCCGGCCCAUCCAUCGAAUUCGAUGUUAAUGCCCCAGGUGUUGAUGUGAUAGAAGUGACGGAUGCCUCCAAUCAGGAGAUCAUGCCAGUUAUGGCCAAGUCUCCUAGAAAUAUCGCUGAAUUCCAGCCUCAAACCCAGGUAUCUCUAAUUUUUUUUAAAUAAAAUAAUAUUUUUCAGAUUUGUGUAAAUCGACGGGCCUUUUCUUAUUCAGUGGUUGUGGCAGUGUGCAUUUUGGUGAUGGUGGUUGUGAUACUGGCCAUCUUGUUGAUCCGCGCAGUUAAGAAAAGUCGACGAUUAAACAAAUCAACGUGCCAUCGAUACUCGGAGAACGAAGGGGUUCUCUCCGCCUUCUCCCCAUGA